AUGCAAGACUUGUGGCUGAUAUCUGUCCCCCUGGACAAGACCAGUGCAAAAAGUGUCGAGAAACUCAAACAUAUUGUUGGCAAGACUAACUUGGCCUCCUGCUGCAAAUUCUCCAUUCCAGAUCUGACGGUGGGAAUACUGGACAGCCUGCUCUGCGUGUCAGAUGAACUCUCCACACUCGACACAUUGACUGAAAGCGUGAUGACAAAAACAUGCCAGUGUAUGAGGGAGGUGAUGGAGCAAGCCAGGGACAAAGUGGCGGAAAACGUCUUAGCCAAUGGAGUGGACAUGAUGAGCUAUGUGACAAGCUUCCAGUGGGAUAAAGCCAAGUAUCCCACAUCCCUGCCCCUCCCCAGCCUGGUAAACAUCAUCACUAAGGAAGUUUCCCAGGUGGAGGUGGAAUUAAAAUCCAGAGCUGCGGCGUUCAGCAGUGUGAAGGCAAGCUUGCAGUGUCUUGAGCGCAAACUAGAAGGCGGUUUGCAAACAUGCAGCCUGAACGGCAUCGUGAGGAGAGAAGACCUGGUGUUCUCAGAGUACCUCACCACUCUGCUGGUGGUGGUGUGCAGGAGGGACUAUAUGAGGUGGGAGAGGACGUAUGAAUCUUUGUCAGCGUUUGUGGUGCCACGGUCAAGCAGGAAACUCUAUGAAGAUGGAAAAGGUGGUAUUUUUUCCGUGACGCUGUUCAAGAGAGUGGUGGCUGAAUUCAAAGCCAAAGCCCAGGAAAGCAAGUUCACUGUGCGUGAGUAUAGCUUUGACCUGGAGGAGAAGCAGCAACAGGAGAGGAAGGAGCUCCGUGUUCACAAGAAAGAACACUAUGGCAUGUUUGUGCCUUGGUUGAAAGUGAAUUACAACCAGGUGUUUAUUGCCUGGAUUCACCUGAAAGCAUUGAGGGUCUUUGUAGAGUCAGUACUCAGGUACGGACUGCCUGUGAACUAUCAGGCCCUUCUGCUUCAGUCAGACAGAAAAUGUUCAGAGAAACUGAAAGAAGUACUUUCCUCUUUGUUUGUGCAUCUGGACCCAACUGCCACUGUCAGCAAAAUGGAUGUGACCUGUGACAUUCCAGGACUCAGCCAGCAGGACUACUUCUCGUACAUCUGCUUCCACAUCAACACCAACAUGUUGGAGCUCUGCUAGCAACCCUCAAAGGGGGCACCAAAACACAGACCAUUCCUUCUGUGGUGCCUGGUUGCCUAGUGCCUGAUACACUUUGCACAAGGAUAAACCCUUAUUACUGUACUGUUGUCCCUGCCAU